AUGGAUGCAAACACCAUCCCAGAUUCUGACUCCGCCGUUCUCGAAUCGAUACGGCAGCAUCUUCUCGACGAUUCAGACAUUUCGACAAUUUUUCCGGCAAUAAGUUCUUGCAAUGCACCCAGUUAUUGCCCAAGUUUGAGUUGCUUUUUGCCGGAAAAUAUGGGAGAGAUGAUGUUGAGUGUGGAUUAUUUGCAAGAUAGCGUGAUUGAAGGUGAGAAUGCAAUGGCGGAACCUGUGGUGGAGAGUGGAGGUCACGCACCACCGGAGCGCAGACGAUAUAGGGGUGUGAGGAGGCGGCCGUGGGGGAAGUUCGCGGCUGAGAUAAGGGACCCGGCUAGGAAAGGCAAGAGGAUGUGGCUUGGGACUUAUGAGACGGCUGAGGAUGCAGCUCGAGCUUAUGACCUAGCUGCUUUUAAACUGCGCGGCUCACGUGCUUUGCUCAAUUUUCCACACCUUGUCGGCUCCAAUAACUUGGAGCCUGUUAGGGUGACUUUGAAACGGCGUUCACCGGAUCCGGAAUCGUCAUCUUCAUCCUUUGAAAAUGGCUUUCAGAAGUACAAGUUAACCAAUUUUCAGAGAAGUUUCUGAUUUUAGCUUUACUGGUUUAGGUGUAAUGAGGAAAUUUUUUUUUUUUUUUUUGGGUAGGACCGUAGGGGUGAUAUUACUUCAAGUUGCCAUGAAAUCCAUCCUUCUAACUUUCAAUAAUUUGUAAAUAAAAUUGAAAAACGAAGGAUUUUUUUUUUUUUUUUUUGUUGAUAAUAUUGUCCCCAUAAUUAUAUUUUCCAAUGAAGGCAUUGAAUCUAAGACUCUAGAGGUCUAUUUGGCUUUGUUGUUAGGAUGAAAAAAAUGCUUUUGUUAGUAGAACCGUUAGGAAAAAAAAUAAAUAAAUAAAUAAAUAUAGAGCAUCCCAUUGAUUUUACAUAAUUGCAACAUAUAUAAUGAAUUUUAUAUAUUCCCUA